UAGACAGUGAUUCCAUAAAGAUCUGAAAGCGGUGUUACGUAUUUAGGAUCGAAAGUAAAUUAUAUAUCGUUCGGUCACAAAAUGCAUAAAAUUUCCAUUUAAAAGCUUACAUACGUUUAUGAUAGUGGAUUUUUAAUGAAGUAAAGGCCACAUCUUUCAAAUUACAGAUUAUGAACCUGAAAAAGCGAUAUGAACGUAGCCGUUCCAGAGAGUUCCUUUAAAAAUCUGUUUGACAAGCGAAAUCUCCUUUCUGUUGCCAUCAUAAACACCCGUAGGGCAAGUGUUGAAUACAGUGGGGGAGUGUGAAGGUAAGGCCGUAUGACGCCGGCCUCUUGGCACUGCUGUGCGAAGUUUACUAUGCGCUGCGAAAUUGUGCUGUCUUAAGCGCUACGACAGCGAAUUGUUCGCUGCGCUGUCGGAAUGUUGAGUAUACUGUUCGUUGGCGAAGACCUGCAAUUAUAAAUUGUCUUCACUUGCGGUGGAGCAGAUAAAGACCGACGAUGAAAGGAGGAAUGUCUGUGUUUUUCUAUUGUAAUUUGUUAAUUUUUACUUUAUUUACGACGUGUAGCCCUUCUCCAGCUUCGCCUCACAUUCAUGCGCACAAUCGUGGCCAAGAAAGAGAGGAGGAUGGCGGUUAUGUUCCUAGAGAUGCUCAACAUUAUGCUGGAGGCGAACAUCAUUCAGAAUUUGACCAUGUAGCUAUCCUAGGCAGUGUAAAGGAAGCGGAGGCAUUUGAUCAGCUGGAACCAGAGGAAGCCAAACGAAGGUUACGGAUAUUGCUCACCAAAAUGGAUUUGAAUAAUGAUCAGAUGAUUGACAGAAAUGAGUUACAUGCUUGGAUAAUACGUUCAUUCAAAAUGCUAUCAGAGGAAGAUGCAAAUGACCGUUUUGAAGAUGCUGAUGAAAAUGAGGAUGGGAAGGUGACAUGGGCAGAAUAUGCUGCCGACUCAUUUGGACUGGGCGCUAAUGAAGAUGAUGAUGUUUCUAAUGAUAGCAAUGACAGUGACGCAAAGAUAAUAAAGGAGGAUAAGAUGAUUUUUGAAGCUGCAGAUAAAAACAAAGAUGGAGCUUUAGACAAAUCAGAGUUUGUAAGGUUCAGCCAUCCUGAAGAUCAUCCUGAUAUGUUACCACUCAUAUUGAAACAAACAUUGAGUGAAAAGGAUACAGAUGGUGAUGGCUUCAUAGACUUCAAAGAGUUUGUUGGCGAAAAAGCUCGGCAUGAAGACAAGGAGUGGCUUAUGGUAGAGAAAGAAAAAUUUGAUCAUGACUAUGACAAAGAUUCUGAUGGAAAACUUAACUCUGCUGAAAUUCUCUCUUGGGUUGUUCCCAGCGACGAGGAGAUAGCAGAAGAUGAAGUUUCCCACCUGUUUGCUGAGUCUGAUGACAAUGAGGAUGGUAUUUUAUCAUUUGAUGAAAUAAUUAACCACCAUGAAACAUUUGUUGGUAGUGAAGUUACUGAUUACGGUGAUCACCUGCAUAACAUUCAUGUCUUUCAAGAUGAACUUUGAUCUUCCUGUUUUGUGCCACAAUAAUAUUUAUUCUUAGUAUUUAUUGUUUUUUUUUAAUGUGUGUAAAUAAAUGAAUGACAGAGUGGAUUUUUUUAUUGUCAUUUGUAAAUUGCCACAAAAAUUAUGAACAGAAGAUGCAACAAAUAUUGUUACACUAAUUUUCUGGGUAACAUUCUUUGUACUGAGCAAACACCUUAUUCCUUUGUUAGUAUGUUACUAUUGAAAGUUAUGCCUGAAAGAAAUUAGGGAACUGAAUACAAGCAUCUGUGUCAACAGUAAUAUCGGUCUAAUAUUUUUGAUAAAUUUACUAUUUGUUUUGAGAAAAUGAAGUGUGUUUUUAGCAAGCAAACAGCAUAAGUAUAACAAAAUUUGGAAUUUGUUUUACUUGUGUCAUUUUUUUUUCUUAAUGAAUUGUUGUUACUAGUGCAUUUUCAGAAUGCAGAAUUUUCUCACUGCUUGUUGAUCCAACAGACAUGAAUAAACAUGCUUCUCAUUAUAUUAUGAAUAUAUUGUAACAAACAUUAAAAUGAAACAAAAACACUACCAUUUUUUUGAAGCUUACAUUAUUGUAGUGUGUUAAAAAUAAGAAAGGAAAUAACCCAUGCAUGUGUGUCACUCAUGCCUCAUCAACAACAGAAAUGUAAGAAGACUUUUAAGGCAGUUGUGAAAAAAAAAAAAUAAAAAAGAAA